AUGUCUUUCCAAUAAGGCGAUUUUAUCUGGGACAACAAAAGUUACUUAGGAGAAGGUACUUUCGGCAAAGUUUACAAAUGCAAAAGUAUCAAAAACAACGAAACAUAUGCUAUAAAAGUGAUGGACAUGAAGCACUUUUAAGAUAAAUAUAUGUUGGAUUCAUUAAAAAAUGAAAUAAACAUUAUGAAAUAAUUAACUAGUAUGCAUGUAGUAUAAUUAAUAGAAUACAUAAAUACACCCAAAACCACUUAUAUAAUUCUCGAAUUUUGCGAAGGUGGCGAUUUGAGGAAAUAUAUAACAAAAAAAGGAGGAAAACUAGCUGAAUCGGAUUCUUUAGAAGUCUUAAAUUAAUUAAUGAUUGGUUUUAAAGAUCUGGUAAAUAAAGGAUAUAUACAUAGAGAUGUAAAACCGGAAAAUUGUCUUGUAAAAAAUAAUAUUUUUAAAGUUGCAGAUUUUGGAUUUGCCACAAAAGCAGAUUUAGAAGGUAGAUUCCUAUUAAGAGAUUGUGUGGGAACUCCAUUAUAUAUGGCUCCUUAAUUAUUAGAAAAUAAACCUUAUACUGCUAAAAGUGAUCUAUGGUCAAUUGGAAUGAUGUUUUAUGAAAUGCUUUUUGGAAAAACACCUUGGCCAGCAAGAGAUAUCAAAAGUUUUCUCAAAAAUAUAUAUAAUUUACCUUUGAGAUUCCCUUAUGAUAAACCUAUAGGGUCUUAAACGAAAAACUUUAUUAAGUAAUGUCUUACUAUAGACGAGAAAUAAAGAAUUGGAUGGGAUGAAGUAUUUAAGCAUUAAAUAAUAAAUAGAGACGGAGGGCAAAUAGAAAAACCGGAAAUUCUUUUAGAUGAAAAAGCGAAGAAAAUAUUACGAUCUAUGUAGGAAAUCGUAUAAGCACAUAAUUUAAAUAUUUAAGAUGUUUUUAAUAAAUUUGAUACUGAUGGAGGAGGCACAUUAGACUAAGGCGAGUUUUUUUAACUUUUAAGUAAUAUAGACCCUAGAAUUACUUCUUUUGAAAGCAACUAUAUUUUUACUAUUGUGGAUUCUUCACAUGAUAAUAAAGUUAGUAUAUUGGAAUUUUAGAAUGUUUUUUGUCAAUAUGACUUCUGUGAUAUUGAAGAUAGAGUUUCUUCGAUUAUUACUGAUUUAAAGGAAAUUAUUAAGUGCGUUUGUUAUCUAUCUAGAAUCCCUCCAUAUAUGAAAGCAAAUUAAAUAAGAAAAUUAUUAGAGUCUUAUGGAGUUUUAAGAAUAUAUUUAGCUGCUGAAGAUGAUAAUAAGCGUAAAUUUAGAGUUAAAAUGGGAGGAAAUAAAAAAAGAAGAUAUACCGAAGGUUGGGUUGAAUUUUAAGAUAAAAGGAUAGCAAAAUUAUCUGCAAAAUCUUUAAAUUGUUCGAAGAUGAAAUUUUAAUGUAAAAUGUUCAAUUAUGACAAUAAUAAUUAACUCCAGAAUAGAUAUAAAUGA